AUGGCUUCCGGCGCCGGUUCCUGCUGGGCCCUGGUGGCGCUGCUCCUCGUCGCCCGUGCCUUCCCGGCGGCCGCCACCAGCUUCACCGUCGGUGGCAAGUCCGGCUGGACGAUCGGCGUCGACUACACCACCUGGGCCAGUGGCAACACUUUCAAAGUCGGCGACAGUCUCGUGUUCAACUACGCCAAGGGCCUGCACACAGUGGCGGAGGUGAGCGCGGCCGACUACCUGGCGUGCGCGGCGGCCAACGCGGUCGGCUCCGACGGCAGCGGCGCGACCACCGUGCCCCUCAAGACCGGCGGAAAGCACUACUUUAUCUGCACCAUCGCAGGCCACUGCGCUGGCGGCAUGAAGCUCGAGGUGACCGUAUCCGGCUCCGGCUCCGGCUCUGGCUCCUCGCCGACAACGCCGAUGCCCACCCCGACCACACCGUACACGAGCCCGACCCCGACGACGACGACGCCGACCACGCCGUACACGACCCCUACAACGCCAUACACGACGCCGACGUCUCCAGCGUGCACGGGCACCACGCCUGGCGCGACGCCGCUGACACCGGUGACCCCGGGCACCAUGCCGUUCUACUCGUACAAUGGCGCCGCCGGGCUCGCGCCGGCGGCGUGGGCUAGCUUUGCUCUGGUUUGUGCCGCGGUUGUGCAGCUCGGACUGCUAUGA